UUUUUUCUCUCAUAGGCGAUUUGCACCCCGUCAGAAAUACCGUACGUGUGUAACUGACAUGAUCGUAUAGUGACGUUGACACUGCAUUUCCCUAGAAAUUGGAAAAUAUCGGCAGUCUUACGGUCCAUACUUUACGGAAUUUCCUUUAUAGUAUAAGUGUUACUUCAUUACAAUGAGUGGAAUGACGAACAACAGCUCAAUUUGGAAAAAUACUGCUGAUUUGUGCAAUGUGGUUGCCAAUCCGUUAAUCUGGACACCGUAUGGCAUCACGGUGUUAUCAGCUUGUGCUCUAAUUACUGCGCUGAAUGGAAUUGUACUGCUAUUUUAUCUCGCUAACUUGCGCAUACUUAGAGACUUUCAUCUUUAUGUCUUUGCGCUUCUGAGCGCCAAUUUCCUAUAUGCGGUUUGUUUCGGACCGUUGGAAAUAGUCAACAGCGUAUUCGCUUUUUGGUGCCGGGGUUCGAAUUGGUGCACUUUUCGAAUUUAUUCCGGAAAUGUCAUUGCGCGUUUCCAAUAUUAUAUUCAUACCACAAUCGCUGUCAGCCGCUUUUUUGCGGUCAUAUUUCCUAUACAUUAUCGUCAGCACCAUAAUACGCGUAUUGCCGUCAUCCUGUGCAGUCUUUGCUGGUUAGCUGCUCAUUUAGUUAUCGUGCCGGCAGUCGUUUUAGAUGCUCUGAUCUACAGGCGACCGGAAACGAUAGCAGGUUGCUGGAUGCACGUAAGAGACGCGCCGAUGCAGCACAUUUGGAUUUAUUUCGACGAAGCUCUGUCGUUCACUGCGCUCUGCAUUGUGCUGGCUCAAUAUCCCGUUUCUUUUACAUGCGCCGGAAGCGUAUGCUGAAAUUGCGGCGACUUCGGCAUUCCAGCUCCCGCAAUACCGGUGGUCAGAUGCCAUCAGCCGACGUGUCAUCGACAGAGUCAAAUAACCAGCAGAUAAAGUCAGAAAGCAGUGCGUUUUUACUGCUAACGGUUUUAACAGGCAGCGUUUCAAUCUGCUGGACACCUGCCGUUGCAAUACUGCCUGUGUUGACCACAAAUCAAGAUCCCCUGGUCAUGUUCUGGAUUUUCACCAUAAGUGAACUGCAGCCCGUAGUGGAUCCUAUAGUUUUCGCCUUAUCCUUGCCGGACCUCAGGCAUUUAAUCUUUCACCGACCUCAAGGCGAAACCGUGAAACGGCAUACUGCAGAUGUUAGCCAGUGUUGCACGUCGCCUAUGCCUGCAACCAUCCAAAACGGACGUUAAAAACGAAAGCAAUGGGAGAUAUCCAAGAGCAGCUGCAAGGUAUUCUUAGAUACCUUAAUGCAGAGAACGUAAACGCUGCCAAAAAUAUUUUGGGACUUCUGCCGCAGCUAUACGACUGCUCAUUUGAAAACAGAAUCUUGGCAUGUUUGGAAAUUGCUGCAAUUUUGGCCUCCCUUGCAGUGCCACAAUACGUCCUUGCUGUUACUGUACUGCGGGCAGUUGCUGCCGCUCUUCUUGAACGCAAUGUGAAACCAUCGAUUGUUCAGACAGAAAAUUCUAUUGAAAAUGUUCUUCGCCGUCACGAGUGUGGCAACCACGUUGAUCUUUUGAAAGCUGUUAUGGCAGAAGUGGAUUCUGUGAUGACGAGGUUAAAGACAGACACAAGUGAUGACAAUCGGGAUCCUCCUUCAGCGCAACAAGUAGCAACCAAUUACAACAUUCUAACGCUCAGUCGUUUGACGGCAAGCGCCGCUUUUUUCGAUCGAGUAGGAACAACGUGCUCACAAGAGGAAGCUCCAGUGUACUUUACUUUACUGAAAACGAUUGCAUUAGUAGCAACUCGUUAUCUGCUUUUCGAAAAUCUUCGCAUCACUUUGAUAGCAGCAGCGCAAGGCUCUCCAGGGAUACGCCAGCAGACAUUAGUCUGGAGACGGCAUUUAGCAGACACGCUCAAUAACAUGGCCCUUGUUAAUGAAGACAAAGUGCAUUUUGCUGUCUAUUAUGUAACGUCAUCAUCAAAUGUGAUGCUGGAAAGAUUUCGACAGGAGGUUGGCUGCAGUGAAUUUCUUCCUAACAACAUCCCGCUAUUCACCAGAAAGGCAACUAUUGUAUCCAGGGCGGGCGUGGACCUUGGAGAUAUUCUUUCUGAUCCUUAUAUACGUGAGAGACGAUUCCCUUUCGCUCUGAAUCCUGCCAUUCGCGCGGCUGGUCUUGCUGCAACAAUACUUGCAUACGGUGUUACCGGUGUCUUGGUAUUUCGUAAUUCAGAACCUGUGAAGGCACUUUGGCGGAUAACAUUUGCUGAAAAUGGAAGUUACAAAUUACUCCGAUGUUGUCCCCAUUGGCUGAUGGCAUUCAUCCCCGCGCUCAUUAUGGAACCAGAAAGACUGAACGGGCAAUUUGUUUUUCUAAAGCUGAUCGACGGAUCUACCUUGAUUAUAUUGGACAAACUUACCAACGCGUUCAUUUGCAAAAACUAUACGGCUUCUAGACAGGGAAAUCAAGCGAUUCCAGGCGAUGAUGGGCGUUGGUUUAUACAAGAAGUCUGACUGCUUGUGAUAAUAAAAAUGAAGGUGUGGUUUUUUUUGCUGUUUAAUAAAUUAUCCUUUCGAAGGCGCUGUU